AUGGAAAAAAGUGAACUGGAACAAAUGAGAGUUUUAUUUCGUGUGGCUUUCUUUCUGGCUAAAUCCGGACGUCCAUUCACAGAUUUUCCUGGACAGAUAAAAUUAUUGGCUGUUAAUAAUGUACCUGUUAGUGAAACCUAUGCAAAUGACAAGCAGGCACGAAUAUUCACAGAUUACAUAUAUGAAAGUAAACGUGUUGAGAUGAUCAAAGAAAUGAGUGAAUCAGAGUUUUUUGCUAUACUGUCAGAUGGAAGUACAGACACUAGUAUUACUGAUGAGGAAAUUGUAUAUGUUAAAUACAUUAAAAAUGGUAGGCCAACAUACAGAUUUGUAACAUUUAAACCACUUGUUAAAGCUGAUGCUCCGUCAAUCACUGCCGCACUCCAGAGUACAAUGGAGGAAAAUCUUGAAAGAAAAACUUGGAAAAAUGAUCUUGUAGCAGCAAGUUUUGAUGGUGCCAAUGUGAUGAUGGGUUCGAAAUCAGGGGUCGCCACGAGAUUGAAAGAAGAUGUACCACACUUAGUUGUUGUUCAUUGUUUUGCACAUAGACUUGAACUUGCUGUCAAAGAUGUUCUAAAGCAAAUGCCAUAUCUCACUGUAGUCCAUGAAUUUCUUCAGAAGGUGUACCUUUUCUAUAAGUACUCCCCCCUGAAUUGGGCUGCUUUUAAGAAUGCUGGGGAAGCUUUGUGCAUUUCUGUUGUAAGGCCAGUGAAUGUUAGUGGUACAAGAUGGGUGCCUCAUCAUGAAAGAGGAGUUCAGGCUCUACUCAGGAACUACAAAGUUCAUAUUGCACAUAUAGAAGAUGUCAGAAUACAUGGUGGAAAAGAAAGCAAAGACAAAGCAGUGUAUUUCCUGAAAAUGCUGAAAAGUGUUAAGUUUGUGAUGUUCUGUAAAUUCCUGCAAAUUUACUUUAGAAUGAUAAGUGUACUCAGUAAAUGCCUCCAAGACAAUGAGGUUACUGUAGAAAGAGUCAGAAAUAUGGCUGAGUCUGUAAAGAAACUGAUGGUACAGUAUAAAGAUGAAGACAAACUGAAAGGAUGCAUGAUGGAAGGCAUAUCUACUAAUGCUGAUGGGAAACUUGUAUAUGAAGGCAUCUUACUACAAGAGGGACCAGGAAGACCUCAAAGAAAUGUAGAUAAUCACACCCAGUCAAAACAGCAAGAAGCUAUAAAAGAAUCAAAGAAAGCAAUAGAAUUAACUGUACAGUGUAUUGAUAACAGAUUUCAAGAUUUAGUAGAAAAUGAAAUCUUGAAAUCCACAGUGAUAUUUGAUCCUGCUAUGUGGCCUACUGAGACUGAGGCUUUAGAGGUGUAUGGAGAUGAUGAAGUCAAAUGUUUGUACAGUCACUUCAAACAGAUACUAGAAUACAGAGGAUGCAAUGAAAUUGACACAUUAAUUGAAUGGACAGCACUGAAGAAAAUAGUUCGAAAAAUAGAACAGACAGAAGGCCAAUCCCUGAAAUAUCUUGAUAUCUGGCAAAGAGUGAUGUUGGUGUUUGGAGACAAUUAUAAGUGUAUUCUCAUGCUUGUCAAGAUAGUUCUUCUCAUACCAUGUAGUACAGCAGUAUGUGAACGCGGAUUUUCACUAAUGUCAGUAAUUAAAAAGUGA